GCUCCUCCUCCUUCGUCCGGACGGAGCGGAAGGAGCUUCGCUGGUUCUGUGGCGUCCACCAUGGGUCGCAAAACCAAGAAGAACCGGCGAGACGACGCCUCGGAGAUCCGGCGAGUCGUUACCUUCGACGAGGAGAGUCGGCGGGAAUUCUUGACAGGAUUCCACAAGCGGAAGGUUGAGAGGAGGAAAAUAGCUGUGGAGGAGAUAAAGCGCAAACUGAAGGAGGAGCAACAGAAGAUGAAGGAAGAGCGCCACAAGGAAUACAUGAAGAUGCUGAAGGAGAGAGAAGAAGCCUUGGAUGAGGCUGAUCAGUUGGAGUAUAUGGUGACCUCACAGAAGGAGAUGGUGAGCUAUGAUCACCCAAACCAUACAGUUACUGUUACUACGGUCAGUGACCUGGACCUCUCGGGAGCAUACCUGCUGGGGCUGGACACUCAAGAGGAAGAUGCUAAACCAGAAGGAGAAGAGGAUGUUCCAAGCAAAUCUACAUGCACGUUGCCUAAGAAAUCUAGAGACCCUUUCCUGUCUCAGAGAAUCUCUUCGCUCACUGCCUCGCUGCAUUCUCGUAGUCAGAAAAAGACCAGGGGCAAGCAGGCCAGGCACAGUCAAGGUGUAAAGAAGAGAGUGCAGAAACCAAGCACAGGCCGAACCAGCAAGUCCAAGCGUCGAAGAAUGACGGGCAAAGCUAGGCACGUCCAAGACUGAUGAACAAGACAGAGGAAAGGAACAUGGGAGCCUGAGCCAGAAACAAAUGGCCACUGUGUUGCAGCUCGUUUUAUACAGUGUUAGGGAAUGUCUGUUGAACUGCAGAACUCCCCUGACUGAAUCCAGGAGUUGAGGAAUUUGGGGUGAACCCUUUGUUUUGCAUAUGGAUUUUCUGCCCCAAGGAAGUGUGCUUGUACUGUGCAGGGAUUUCUUAGUAUAACAUUUUCCCCUUCCUGUGGGAGAAGUGGAGUAGGGGAGAAAAUUGAAUGCUUCUCUCUCUCCUGAUCCAGGUGUGGAUCACUGCCAGAUCCAUUAAAUGUCACAAGUCUCUUGGAAGAAUUUACUUUACAUUCAUGUUCUUGCUCUUGUAUGAUUUUUUUCAUCUCUCUGUAGUCCAACCCAUCCCUUGCAGCUGCCAUGGGUUCUCAUUAGACAGCCCUGCUUUCCAGGGGGCAAAAAAAGACCGUAAUAAUUUUUCUGGGGUGUAUUUUUUGUUAAU